GUUACCUAGCAACCAGUGUUUUGGACAUGGCGGACAAGUUCAACGCGGAAUCCAUUAUAACAGAAACUCAGAAAAGGAUAAGUAAUGCAUUUGACGUGUUUGAUCACGAAUGCAACAAGACUGUUGAUGUCAGAGAAAUAGGCACCAUUAUCCGCUCACUUGGCUGUUUUCCAUCGGAAGCUGAAUUACAUGAUAUCAUUGCUGAGCUAGAAGAUGAAGAGCCCACUGGGUUUGUGCGCUAUGAGAAGUUUCUUCCAACUAUGACUAAGAUCCUGCUUGAGCGCAAGUUCCGUCCUAUUACAGAAGACCUGCUCCUUCAGGCCUUUAAGGUGUUAGAUCAACAGAAAAAUGGCCACUUGGAACCAGAGGAACUGACCAAAUAUUUAACACAAGAAGGAGAGUCCUUCACACAGGAAGAGAUAGAUGAAAUGCUGUCUGCAGCUGUUGAUCCUGAUAAGAAUGCCAUUCUCUACAAGGACUUUGUGAGCAUGAUGACCUUUGAUGACACUCGAUGAUGGCUGACGGCAUGAAUAGAUUGAAUAUAUAAGUAGUUUUAUAGAGUUAGGAUCAAGGUAUCGUAAAGGAAAUCAUCAGUUACCAUAAUAAAUAAUAUACUGUACAUAUCAUUUUGAUUCUUUACCCAUGAUAUACAUCAUUAAUGGUGUUCAUAAUGCCCAAAUACUAAUUUCUUAUUAUAUAAUUUGGCAAGAUUACACAAUAUGAUGAUAUGUUACCCUAUUAAUAAUUAUUCAAACAUGCUUUAAAGUGGAGAAUGUGUGCAAGACUGAGACCGUGUAUUAUAGACUGAUGAAUCAUUCUCCUUAUUAAUGAUCAGGUUUCUAAGGCCAGUUGUGUGUCUGAGAGCUUCAUUAUAAAGUCAGUGUGUGGUGUCUUUCUUUUUUCAGUUUCAUUAGCAGAGUCAGAUACACAGAUUUUGUGAAGGGGUGGCAUAUUCUUGCAGCUCAUUUUUUUCAGAAUUAACCUGUGCUCCGUGAGUGCGUGUGUGUAGGGGAGAUACCGGGAACCGAACUGACCCCCUGUGAACUGACCAGAGAAAAGCAUAUGAUUUAUGACAGACUUUACAGAAAGGAAGUUGCAUGUUGGUGGCAUUUGAAAUUCUAUUCAUUUUAUUACAAUUGAACACUAUAGUUAGAAUUGUUUUUCUGAGUUUACUUUAUCUACAUACCUGACACAACAAUGAAAUGCAUAACUCUCAGAGAAUAGUGUGCAACUAAAUAUAUUUUUCAUGUAAUCUGAGAAACCCAAAAUUGUUCAUUAAGUAUUGUGAAGAAUAUUGUAAAAACUGGAAAAGGUUACAAUAACCAUCUCAGCCUUUCCUGUUUGUAUGUGCUUUUUAUGUAUCAAUAAGUAAAGGUGAGGGUUCAGUGGUCCAAAAAUAGAUUAACAAAUAAUCUGGUAAAUAUUGAUCUUUUAGGUUUAUGACAGUUUUCUUUUGUUUAUGCUAAGGUUAUAUAGGUGUAUCUUUAUCUUAAUUAUGUAAGAUAAAGCAUUACUGUUUCAUUUUACUAAAAACUGAUGGUCGUUUGUUAAUUUCUUACUUGUUUAUUCUUACUGUCUCGAA